GUCUUCCUGGGUGGAGCAGAACUGAUCACAAUAAGUCGGCUUGCAACUUCUGUAAUUUGCAGAGACCAUGUGCACAGUCGGAGCAGCUGGGACGGGUGGCAGCUGCUGAAACAUCGGCACCGGGCAAACAGCAGAUCAAGUAAUGCACGACACUCUGUCAUGAUCCUUCGAGGUUUGACGCUCUGUUGAAGUCAUCGGUUGGCGUCAAAGAACCCAAAGCCCUAUCGAUAUUCGCGGGCGAUCGUUGGGCCCCCAGAGUCCACGUUCCUCAACAACAUGAAUAUCAGCGAGUGCCUGGCGUCCUUUGCGAGGCAGGAGUCGAGCAUCAUUCUGCUCCAUUACAACCACACGGGGAAACUGGAGAACAGGCGACCGCCCGGCGAGGGCAUGGGACUCAUCAGGAUCAUCUUCAUCGUGGUCAGUUGCGUGGUGGUGGUGGAGAACCUGCUGGUCUUCAUCGCCAUCCUGCACAACAGUCGCUUCAGGAGCUGGGUGUACUACUGCAUCGCCAACAUCACCCUGUGCGACCUGUUGACCGGCAGUGCCUACAUCAUCAACCUGUGCCUGUCGGGGGAGCAGACCUUCCAUAUCUCGCCCACCAUCUGGUUCCUCAGAGAGGGGGUCCUGUUCUUUGCCCUGGCCGCCUCCACCUUCAGCCUGCUCAUCACGGCCAUGGAGAGAUACGCUACCAUGGUCAACCCCUUCCCCUACGCGUCGGCCAACAAAACCUACCGGGUGUACUGCCUGAUUGGGCUGUGCUGGCUGCUGGCUUCCCUGAUAGGGCUUCUCCCACUCCUUGGCUGGAACUGCAUCUGUAACUUGGAAGAGUGCUCCACUCUGCUCCCCCUCUACUCCAAGAGCUACAUCCUCUUCUGCGUGGUGAUGUUCAGCAUCAUCAUCAUUGGGAUCGUGGCGCUAUACAGCGGCAUCUACCACUUGGUCAAGACCAGCGCCAAGUCGGCGUCGAGCAGCAAGAGUCGCCUGAAGUCGGUCCGGCUGCUCAAGACUGUCUUCAUGAUCGUGGCCGCCUUCGUGGUCUGCUGGAGCCCCCUGUUCGUGCUGCUCCUCCUGGAUGUCUACUGCAACUCGUCGGUCUGCGUCAGGCUGCACGCCAUGGAGUGGACCAUCACCCUGGCCGUGGUCAACUCGGCCAUCAACCCCGUCAUCUACUCCUUGGGCAGCGAGGACGUGCGCAAGGCCAUCCUCAGGAUCCUGUGCUUCUGCUUCAUCAAAGCCGGCACCCCCUUGCCCUUCCUGAGCCGCAGCGAGUCCGUCCUCAGCGGCUCCACCGACAGCUCCUACAGGAUGAGGGAGAGCUUCCGAAACUCAAAGCUGCUGAGUCCCAAGAAGACCUUGCCCAAGUCAGAAGGGAUCUGAGUUCUCAACGCUGGAAGAUGCCCAGGAAUUCCGCUCUCUAUAGUCUCAUCUCUAUGGCAGCAAAACUCGGUUGGAGGAACCCCCGAGCCUAUCGCAAUUAGCCGUGUCUCAGGCACACCAAAUGCUGGAGUCAAUCAGUGGGUCAGGCAGCAUCUCUGGAGGACAUGGAUAGGGGGUGUUUUGGCUCAUGACCCUUCUUCAGACUGAUCAUAGUGGGAACCGCAUUUCCUAUACUGGGCCAGUAGCUUAGAAAUCAACAGUAUAAACAUUGAAUUCUCCAAUUUUAGCUAAACUAACCAACAACCUUCCGUCAUCUCUGCACCACAUCAGGAUUUGCACCCAUUUCUCCCACUCUCCUGCCUCCCCAUUCUCCUCCCCUCCCUCUCCACUCCCCCCCCUCCCCCACCCAUCCCCGUCUCCUCCCACCAACAUCUUUUCCCCUGGCCUCACAUGUCACGUCUCUCCUCUCCUUAUCUCUCACCCCUUUUGUCUCCUUUUCAUAUCUGACCUUUGUCCGCCCAUCUGCCGAUCAACCAACCUUCACUUGGAUCCACCCAUCCCUUGUGUCGGAAGGCACUGCAGAUACUGGCUUACACGAAAGAUAGCUUUUUGUGUCUAUCUUCCACCCAUCACUUGCCAGGUAUUGUACCGCCCCUA